ACACCUUCACCCCAAGUUUUGACUUUACACACAUCCCCGUGAUUGGUGUGGACCGUACAUCGGCGCGUCACCUCCACCCUCCCUCCCAUUCUCUCCAUUAUAACCUCAUCUUCCUCUCUCUCUCUCUCUCUCUUCUGCUACAACAAUGGCUUCAACACUCAAAUCACUCUUCCUCCUCCUCCUCUUCCUCUUCUUCUUCACAGCUCAAUCUCGCUUAACCGCAAACUUCUACUCGAAAACAUGCCCAAGAUUCCUCGACAUAGUCCGAGACACAAUCACAAACAAACAGAUCACAACACCAACCACCGCAGCCGCCGUGAUCCGCCUCUUCUUCCACGACUGUUUCCCUAACGGCUGCGACGCCUCAGUCCUAAUCUCCUCAACGCCAUUCAACACAGCUGAACGUGACUCAUCCAUCAACCUCUCGCUCCCCGGAGACGGCUUCGACGUCAUUGUCCGAGCCAAAACAGCUCUCGAACUCGCUUGUCCCAACACUGUUUCUUGUUCCGACAUCAUCUCCGUCGCGACACGUGACCUUUUAAUAACCGUCGGUGGUCCUUACUACGACGUUUACCUUGGCCGUCGUGAUUCAAGAACCUCUAAAUCUUCUCUUUUAAACGAUCUUCUUCCUCUUCCUUCUUCGCCAAUCUCUAAACUCAUUCACCAGUUUGAAUCCAAAGGCUUCAGUGUUCAAGAAAUGGUUGCUCUGAGUGGUGCUCAUUCAAUUGGGUUUUCACAUUGUAAAGAGUUUGCGGGUCGGGUGGGUCUUAAUAACACCGGGUAUAACCCGAGAUUCGCGGUGGCUUUGAAGAAAGCUUGUGCUAAUUACCCUAAAGAUCCGACUAUUUCAGUGUUUAAUGAUAUUAUGACUCCUAAUAAGUUUGAUAAUAUGUAUUAUCAGAAUAUACCAAAGGGUCUUGGGUUACUUGAAUCGGAUCAUGGGUUAUAUUCUGACCCGAGAACCCGACCUUUUGUUGAUCUUUAUGCUAAGGAUCAAGAUCGGUUUUUCAAAGAUUUUGCUAGAGCUAUGCAGAAGUUGAGUCUUUUUGGUGUCAAGACUGGUCGAAGAGGAGAGAUCCGAAGAAGGUGCGAUGCCAUUAAUUGAGUUUAUGUUUAUUUUUGUAUUUUUAUUUUUUUCGGAUUAUAUUUGGGACCAAAAAAAAAUGUGAGACUUGAGGGAUUGUGAAUCUUCUGAGUAAUUUGCUCACAUGUUUUUUUUUUCUUCCUGUAAUGUAAACACAUAUAAUCUUUAUGAAUGAUUGUUCUAAUCAAA